AUGCCCAUGCUUCAACCGUACUUUACGAAGAACCCGCAACGCAUCACACGGCUGCAGGAGAAUUAUGAUGAAGGUGUUCAGCGCGAGAAAGUACCCGCAGCAGUGCGUGAGCAACUUGAUAUCCAAUAUCUAAACGUAACACCGGAGAAACUUCACUUCUUACACCAGAAUGUCAUGGGGUCAUAUAGCCCAGGGGAGAAGAACGAAAAGGUAAGGAGGUACAAUGAACUCCAUCCACCCGAGAAGGAGCAUAGCCCAAAGUUCUGGGGGAAAAUCUUUGCAUAG